CGCCGGACCUAGAAACUUUACUUUUCAUUGUAUAAAGAGAUCGCUGCUAGUUAAAUUUUGCCUCAGUUUCUGUUUUUGGGAUUUUUUGUUUCUACAUUUCCUUGUGAUGACAUGACCGAGAGGAAGGGUAAACGCAUUCUCAUAUGGCUUUCUUCUUCGGAAGAAGAAGAAGAUGAAGAAGUAGAAGACAGCGACAAUGAAGAAGAAGAUGAUGAUGAUGAUGUUGAUAGCGACGAAGAGGAUGAUGAUGAAGACGAUGACGAGGACGAAGAUGACAGUGAUGGUGACGAUGACGAUGACGAUGACGAUGAGUCUCUCUGCAACAAAGUCAUUCGCCGUCUGAAAGAAGGGAGUGGUUUAGACUCCUUAAAUCUGAAAGAAUGCAAAGCAUAUUUGCGGAAGCAUGACCUCCGGCUAGCAGGGACCAAGGUGGUUUGUAUACAAAGAAUUAAUGAGCACUGGAGGAUAAAAAAUGGAAGUGGUGAGGCCUUUUAUCCCAGAUCAACUUUUGUCAUCAAUUGUACAGGUGAUGUCUGUAAGGGAGAUGUUGUUCUGUUCACACAGAAAGUUUAUGAGAAGUUUAAUAAGGUGACAAGGCAUGGUAGGCUUCUAGGGAAGAGAAUCAUUGCUGGAAGGGUUGUUAAGGAAAGCUAUGGUGCAUCCAAACAACAACAUACAUUUACAGUUGAGGUUCUCUGGAGCAAGGGUAUUAACAGAUUGCCUCCACUUUUUCCUUUGCUUGUUAAGGGCCGUAACCUCUAUAAGAUGAGAACUUUCAGACGGCGUUGGAGUAAUGAAUCAGUAAGAAUAAAAGUGCUGGCUGAGAAGCACAAACGAGGUACAGCAGCAAGACUUGUGAGAGAAAUGAAGAAAAGGAAGAAGACAUUGUCUUCUAAUGGAGGUUCAAAACGUCAGAAACAAUUCCAUCAUACAAGAUCAUCUCAAUCAAGAAAGACCACUGUGCCAGAAAAGGAGAAGCAUUUUGAUAGACAUGGAAAAUUUAAAAAACAUCAUCAACAUCAAGAGGCCCCCCUACCGAGACCUGCCAAUAUCAAAGGAAAUGCAAUCUCAGGAGCCCCGAAAUAUUCGAAGAGGCACCAGAAAUUUGCUCACCCUACUAAUAAUGAUAGAGUUCCUGCUUGUCAAUCAUAUGUUGGUCCUCCACAAAAUUCUUACCAAUUUCAAAGUGGCAAUCUACUGUCUAGUUAUGAUAUGCCAUCCACUUUGACCAUGAUGAGGCAGCCUUUUAGGAACUCUGCUAGUGCAUCUUUUUUGCCUGGGUCGCAUCAUCCGUGGUUUGAGCAUAGCAAUUAUAAAUUUAAUGCCUACUCAAAUCCCACCUACAACUUUGAACUUAGAAAUUUUAAUCACAUGCCAGAGUCCCUGUAUGUUGACAGGCUGUUGCAUCCGUUUCCAUCAAGUACAGAGACCUAUGGACAGAGGAAGUAUGGAUUUUGAGCUGCUCUACAUUUGGGUGACAGAGAUGAGAUGCUGUCUGCCCUAUUGUGUCCCCUGAUUUGAUGGAAGAAUUCCUAGGCCUGCAAUUUUUUAGUAAGUAAAUCUAGUUCCCUUUGGUGAUGAUGUUGGUUACCUUGCUACUAAUAUGAAAUUAUAGUUGCAUUAUUCUUUUAAUAAUGCGCUAUUCAGGCUAGAGUGGAUAUAUGGUAAAAAUCUAUGAAUUGAGUUUUCCUGAGUAUACUGGGGAUAUGUGUGGGGAGUAUAUGUUAAAAAUUGUUGUUGCGAUAUAAGCAAGUUCACGGUAGAUUUGAUUUUAUAUUUGUGGCUACCUACUGUUAUGCCAGCUCCAUUUUAUUGUUCAAUAUCAAAUGGCCAUACGGCUCCACCCCAAACACAGAGAAAAUGUGAAAACUUUCUGUUACUUUUGUUUUAUUACUGUAUUGACAAGGAAUCCAGGUAUUCUACUA